UUGGGAGCAGGAGGAAUUGGCACGUUGGUGGCCUCUGCGCUGACGAAACGGUAUGCGGUGAAUUUUCUGGUGAGGAGAAAAGAGAAGCUGGAUUUGCUGAAGAAAACCAGCAACACGUUCACAAUCACCCAGCUUUUCAACCAGGGCCGUCGGAUAGACUGCAAGAUUGCGCGAGCUUGUCAGGCUGACGACAUUCCGGACCAGCACAUUGACUUUCUGAUUGUCAGUGUCAAGACUUUUGAUACCGUGAAGUCACUGACGCCUUUGCUGCCAAAGAUCUCGCCAUCUACCAACAUUAUGCUUAUUCAAAACGGUAUGGGUGUUUUGGAGGAACUGUACGCCAGUUUGUGGCCCCAGGCAUCCGAACGGCCCGUUAUCUACCAAGGAGUGAUUACGCAUGGAGUUUUCCAAAACAGAGACCAAGAAGGCACGUUUAACUAUAACCAUGCCGGAAACGGAGAUCUCAAGAUCGCCAGGGUCGACGGCAAGGAGGCAGACCAUCCGGUGGUGAAAACGCUAGUGGAGAGCGACCUGCGCACCACUUUAUACUCAUACGAGGAUCUUCUUGUGCACCAGGUCGCGAAACUGAUGGUUAACUGCUGUAUGAACCCGACCACUGCUGUUCUGGACUGUGUGAACUACGAGAUCGACGGAAUUGAGUCGAUUAAAGAGUUUUUUACCAGGCUGGUCCACGAGGCGAUGGCAAUUUUGCGUGUCCGGUAUCCGUUUUUGGAAGGCCACGCGGAACUCGAUGAGUCGCGGCUGGUGGAAUUUAUUCUUGAAAAAGGUUGCAAAUUGAACGGAAAAAAUAGCACGAGCAUGAGACAGGAUACUUUGUUUCUAAGAGACACGGAAAUCGACUACAUCAACGGAUAUAUUGUGCGCCUGGCAGAACAGGCAGGGACAGACGCUCCAUACAACAGGACGAUCCAGCUACUGACAAAAAGCAGGCUAAGAAUAAAUCGAUCUAGAGCAUUAUAG